GGUGCUCACGUGACGCGCGGUGGGCGCGCGGGGCGGCGGUUGCCAUGGCGAGGGUGGUGCUGGUGUCCCUCUGCCUGUGCUGGGCUCUGGGCCCCGCCGCGGCCUCCGCGCCGCCCAACAUCCUCCUCCUCCUCAUGGACGACAUGGGUUGGGGCGAUUUGGGAGUUUUCGGAGAGCCUUCUAAGGAAACUCCUAACUUAGACCAGAUGGCUUCAGAAGGGAUGCUUUUCCUGGAUUUUUAUACUGCCAGCCCCCUCUGUUCUCCGUCAAGGGCAGCACUAUUGACGGGCCGUCUCCCAGUCAGGAAUGGUUUUUACACUACGAAUGCACAUGCCAGAAACGCAUACACGCCACAGGAUAUAGUAGGAGGAAUCCCAGAUUCUGAAUUACUGCUUCCAGAGUUGCUGAAGAAAGCUGGCUACACCAAUAAGAUCAUUGGCAAAUGGCAUCUGGGUCACAGGCCCCAGUUCCACCCCAUGAAGCAUGGGUUUGAUGAAUGGUUUGGAUCCCCAAACUGCCAUUUUGGACCUUUUGAUAACAGAGCGCUCCCCAAUAUCCCUGUGUAUAGGGACUGGGAAAUGAUUGGCAGAUACUACGAAGAUUUCAAAAUUGAUCUGAAGACAGGUGAAGCCAACUUGACUCAGAUCUACCUGCAGGAAGCUCUCGAUUUUAUUAGCAAGCAGCAGGCCAGCCAGCAGCCAUUCUUUUUAUACUGGGCAAUUGAUGCUACCCACGCUCCUGUUUAUGCCUCCAAACGUUUCCUGGGCACUAGUCAGAGAGGACUAUAUGGGGACGCUGUGCGGGAAAUUGAUGAUAGCAUUGGAAAAAUCCUAAAACAUCUUCAGAAGCUGGGUAUCAGUGAGAACACUUUUGUGUUUUUCACCUCCGAUAAUGGGGCUGCUCUCAUUUCAGCUCCUAAACAAGGAGGAAGCAAUGGUCGUUUUCUCUGUGGCAAACAAACCACCUUUGAAGGUGGCAUGAGAGAACCAGCUAUUGCUUGGUGGCCCGGACAUAUACCUGCAGGAGGGGUCAGUCAUCAGCUGGGCAACGUGAUGGAUCUCUUCACCACCAGCCUCUCCCUGGCGGGACUGCAGCCUCCCAGUGACAGACAGAUUGACGGCAUCGACCUUUUACCUGCCAUCUUGCAGGGCAAGCUAAUUGACAGGCCCAUAUUCUAUUAUCGUGGCAACGAGAUGAUGGCGGUGAGGGUCGGGCUUUACAAGGCUCACUACUGGACCUGGAGCAACUCCUGGGAGGAGUACAGCAAGGGCAUUGAUUUCUGUCCUGGGCAGAAUGUCUCUGGAGUGACAACACAUACACAGGAGGAGCACACCAGCCUGCCGCUGCUUUUCCACUUGGGGAGGGACCCUGGAGAGAAGUACCCAUUAAGUUUUGCCAGCGAUGAAUACCAAAGGGCUAUGGAGCAAAUAUCUGUCGUUGUCCGGCAGCACAAAGCGACCAUGGUGCCAGGGGAGCCACAGCUUAAUGUGUGCGACAAGGCCGUCAUGAAUUGGUCUCCUCCAGGCUGUGAGAAACUAGGGAAGUGCCUGAAACAGCCCAAGUCUGAUCCUAAGAAGUGCAUUUGGCCUCAUUGAUCUCUGCAGCCCUCAAGAGCUACACGGGAAAGCUAUAACCAGCCGGACAUAUGGUUUACAGUGCAUGUCUUCUCAUGUUGGCACUCCUGUUUACACAGGAAGGGUGUGAUGUACGUAUGAUAUCAUCAUUUGCUCUUCCAAAAGGGCCAGUGUUUAUAUUGCUAGUGCUCAGGGUUUAGCCUGUACUCUUCUGCUGUUUUAGUUGUUUCCGUAAAUGGUAAAUACAGUGAACACUGUUUCAACCGUAAAAGCUCUCUGGACAACCGCAACUCUGCCAUCACCUCAGAAAUGCCAUGGAUGCACCAUUCCUCUUGCUCCUUCCACCCAACCUGCUCUCCCAAAUCAUGGCUUGUUCGGAUGCCCCAACAGCAGCCAUGGGGGACUGUUCAGGAAACCUACAGCCGCCAGAAAACCCUGCCCAAACUGCCCUUGGCUUGUUUGUCUGCAGCUUGUUGUUUUAGCGUUUGAUUUCCAUUGUGAACUCUUUGGACUCCAACUUGGUUUUCCUUUCUUCCUAAACUUGAGAGCACUGGGUGCAGCUGUACGGCUCAGACCGCUGCUGGGCAUCACUGGGGGCAAACAAGUGCUCCCUCCUGUUCCCAACCUGGGGGCUGGCUCCCUUAGUAUGUCAGGAGAACACCCUUGCCUGCCUUCCAUCUGUAGCUUCAAGCAUUCCCUAGGUAACAGUGUGAAGAAAUUUGAAGAUCAUAUUCCUGUAAGUAUUGUCUUAUUGAUGGUGUGCAGGAUAUUCUUAGGGCGCUGGGAGUCAGUUGUUCAUUUAAGGGGUUUUCUUUAUUUCCAAAAAUCUGGGUCCAAAUAUGGUUUAAGUCACGCAUUCAGUCUCAUGAUCUGGGUCCAGCCAACUGCAGGCUCAGAAAUGCCCGUUUACAUCAGAUGUUAACUCUUGACCCUGUUUCCAGUGUAUGCUCUCUGAGGAAUUCUCCUUGUGCAAACUUUCCACAGCCUGGGUGUAGCACUUCUCCAAGCAGAGUUCACGGUAAAUGCCGAUCCUUCGCACAAUUUCACAUUGCAAAUUUCUCAUCUGCUUUUGAGCCUGUUUCACACCCUUCGUUAUUGCUAAUAAGCGUGUCUCGAACAAAACCAAGCAAAGUUACUCUGGGGCUUCAAGGGAGUGGCUAGAAGCAACCCCAGCCAUGCUGUUUGCACCGGCAGCUCUGCUUCCACCCCUGCAGUGUUUUAUACAGUGCGUGUGCCCUCUCCGCAUGGCAUUGUGCUGUCUUGGGAAAAAUCAAGGUGCUCUGUACCUGUAAACAGCCCUGCUCCCUUCCCAAGGAAAGCUUGGGGCUGGCUUGAGAUGAGUCGAGAGCUCUGCUGCUGUUGUAACUGCUGUGCUGUUGCCCGCAACGGGCUUCUCAGCUGCUUGUUCUUACCCUCCCAGUAAUCCCAAAUGCUCUCAUUCUCUCCGUUCCCAUGGUUUAUGCUACCUGUAAUCCCCUCCACAGUAAUUCCUACUGCGUAUCUCCUGAAGCUGGAUAAUCCUGUAAGAUUGUAAUAAGAACAGCACUUGAGUCAGCUCUUACUAUUCCACCUAUCAGAAAUCACAGCCAACAUUUAUUUCGUCGGCUGGCAGAGCCUCUGAAACUCACUGUUUGCUCAUCUGUAAAUGGCGUUUGUUUAUGGUCCAAAUGUCUUAGAUACCUUUUGGUGUUGCUGAUUGUCCUUCCAGUAUAUUGAGGCACUUCCAGUUCAUCCAUAACAUUUCCCUCUGUUUUGACAAGUGUGGAUAGCUCAAGUCUUGAGAGAUUCUUAUCAGCUUGUUCUUCAGUGAUGCUAUAUGAGAAGGACUGGUAGGAGGACUUGCAGCAGUCACGCGUGUCUGUCAGCACAGGAGACCACACAAAACCAGUAACUUCCCAUUUUCUGGGUCUGGUCCACGUCUGCUUUACUGCUUCUGUCACCCAGAACUGUUCAGAGUCCGCGAUUAUCACCAGAUAAAGAUACCACCAGAGGAGGGAGUCUGUCACUGCAACUCCCUGAAAAUCGCUGUCAGCCCUCGAAUAAUUAUGAACAUGUCUGCUGCAAACUCUUGACAGCGCUUUGUCUUUCUACGUCCUGCUUAUGAAGAGAUUGCAUCGCAGGAUCGCAGCUCAUCGUCUGAGCACUAGCCCAGACGCGUUUCUCGGUUCUUAGCAUUUGCAGUAUGCACAUCGUGAGCGUGCUGGAUGCCUGCUACCCCGUGUCCCCCGCCUGCCUGGCUGCCACGUCUUUCUUUACUCUUUCACCGCUUGCAGUUUUGAAGAUGCUGCUUUUCCCCUGUCUGUGUGACUUGCUUGGACGAGCCGUGCUGUUCUCAGCACACACGGUGUUUGCCUGGUUAUGCAGCACACAAAGUCCUCGCUGAAAUAAUCUAUCAGUGCAUAGAUACUGGAUGUAAACUUUGCACUGGAAAGCUGGCUGCUAUAAGUGAAUUGACUUGAUGUCUGUUUAUUAUCUGCUUCGUGUCCGUUUAUUAUAAAAGAGCAAAGCUUAAUGUGAAGAAGCUACUGCUUUAAAUUUAAAUAAGAAUAGUAGUUUUACAGCUGGCUGGCUAGGAAGAAUUUUAAAUCCAAGCCUUUCCCAAAGAUGUACAGAUUUUAAAGUUGUGAGAUGAAGAACUAAUGAAGAAAAAUAAACUAAUUUAUCAGAAAUGCAUUAUAUGAUUUGUCUGUGCGCACCUGUAAAACAACUGAGUAACACCUUGCUUUGGGACAGUCUCGCAGAUACGCCUUCCAGAUCACGGGACUGACUUGGGUUAAAAAUAGCUUGUUUUGUUUUCCCUGUAUUAUUUUUAACGUGGAUCAAUUUCCCAGCCCACACAGCUGCCUGAGUACAAUUCAGAGGCUGGUGUGGGGACCAGGGGCACACGUGGCCUGAGGCUGCGUCCACCAGCGCAGCCGCAGGGACGAGCGCUGCCAGCCUGCAGCGUUAGUGUGACGCAGCUCAAAAACACCGUUACAUGCCUUGGAUCACAAAGCAGGCAGCACGUAUUGCCACGUCUGCCCUUAAUAAUUAUCCUAAGCCUCCCAUCUGAAGUUGGUCCAGGUGAUAGCUGCCCGGUUUCGUGAACUGCCCAUACCGGGGCAGGAGUUGGCUUUGCAGGAGCGGCCUGCGGUUGUGUGUGCAAUAGGAGUUGACAGAGGAGUGGGGCCGGUGGGGUUUACUGGUCAGUCGGGGACUGCAGCGGUGAAGCUGGUUUGUUGGUGGCUUCCUUUCUCAAGCUGCAAGACAUAAGAGCUAAAGGAAAGAUGAUAUCUGUCUAAGACUGCUUCUGUGUGGCAUUCCUCCCUUUAUAUUUAAAUAUGUCUGCUAAAUGCUAAAAGCUUAAUAUCUGCUUGGGCUAAGAGUCCAAGGAAUUUCUUUCUUGCCUUUAAUUUCCAAUUAGCUGAGCCUCUUGAGUCUCCCUGCUCUGCCCCUGAGGCUGCGUUAUCAUCCAGCCCUCCAUGCAGAGGAGCUUCUGAAAUGGAUGUAACUAAUAAUCGUGGAGAAAGUCCUACUGCAUUUACAGUCUAUGGCUGCAAAAAUGGAGUCUUGCUUUAAAAUCCUGCAGCGACAAAUGGAUUAUUUCGGUGGCAAAUUAGUCUCUGUGGACCAACAAUUUGGGGAUCUGAACACUGGAAUUGGAAAGCAGAAGAUCAAUUCCGAACACUUAAGAGCCAAGGUUAAUGCCCUGCAAACUGUAUUGAGUGCGGUGAUGAAAGAUAACAUGCCUCUGCAUUUUAAAUGGGAAGCCGAGAAACACAGUAUUAAAAGUGAAAAUGGGCAAGUUCAGGGCGAGAGCGAGUGAUACCCGCGUAUUUGCUAAUAAAACGUUACACGGUGUCUGGGGACUGAGUUUUCGGGCAAGUGCUGAGGAUGACAGUGGGCUUUUACUAACGGAACUGGAAUUAAUAUCGCCGAGGAGGCUGUUGAACCUGGGACGCUCGCUGCCGCGUGGAAGCUGGCAGUUGCCGGUACCUGCCGCAUCGAGCCUUUCCCAAACGUGGUGGACAGCUUCCAAAAGCCUCCUGGUUUCCCCUAAAGCGAAGCAGGCAAGAUGAGGAUCUCCCAAAGGCUGGAGAACACUGUUUUUUUUUUUCCAGUGAGGACAUCUUUGCAGUCGUCAAGUGAAAUAAUUUCAGCAGCUGAAGAAAGACCUUUUGAAGGUGAGAAUGGUUUGAAUCGGGGCUUUGGAGGGGAAGGCAGUGCUGGGAGGCAGUUUAUUGUCUGCAGAGUUGCCAGCAGGCUCUUCAGCCCAGCUACACGAGAAAUCUCUCCCCAGGGAUCUUGCUGUUGUCCUCAGCACUGGGAAACUUUAUAAACCACAUGCACUUUUCCUCUCCAAGAGUUACUCUCGAGUGCUUGUUCGGUAUCCAAUUAACUGGUUUGCAGUUGGAGUGGCUUGUUUUCCAUUUCUCUUAACAGUUAUAAUACUUGGAAUAGACUUUUGCUUUUGUUUUCUGAUAGUAUUUGAUGUGAGUUUUUCAUAUGUUAUCAGAAAGCAACACGACAGCGCCUCUUGAAUUAAACUGUUAGUUUUUAAGAACAGUUGUAAGGGAAGAAUUGAAAUCUCAUUUUUGGUUCUUUUUUCCUUUGGAAACUGGCUAUUUUAAAGCCAGUUUAACUGGAGAAAAGAUUCCAUUUGCCUGUUUUCUUUAUAUCCCCUUCCACCGUUUAUAGUUUUGUUGUUGCUCGAAGUCUAGUUCGGAUUAUAUAAAUCCUAAAUAAAGGUGGAUCCCCAGCCAAAAGCCUGUGGUUUCUUAGGAGUGUAAAAAAACAAACCUCUGCCAUACAACUUCUCGAGAGCGGCAGCCUGGCAGCUCUCUAUGCCUUUGUCCCUCCCGGAGUCACUUAAUACCCUUCUGGGUGAUAUGUAGGUGGGUAGCACGAUUCCCAUCUGAAAGGGAUAGGGGCUGAAAAGCCCGUCGGCCCGUUCGCCAGCAGCGAGGAAUGCGUGCCAAAUCCAUUAGUUCUGGAUCGGACUCAAAAUCCCCUCCCGGCUCGGCCAGGCUGGCCAGAGGAGAGAGAGGAGUUCUGUGUCUUCUCCAAGGGCCUGAUCCAACCUGCCGCAGCGGGCAGGAGGUGCCGGGUUCGGCUCCGCGCAAACAGGGAUGCUGUGGAAGGGCAGAGCUGGUUCAUGGUGCCUUCGCCUCUUUUAGGGGGGACAAAGCCAGCUCGUUAUUCAGUACGGACGCUUCGGUCCCAAGCCCAGGGAGCUGGCUGGGGAACUGCAUUUUUCUGCUGUUGAAAUAAGAUAUUUUAAAAAAAUGGGUUUAAAGUGCAUGCGUUUCUAAAGCUGAAAUUGAAACGAAACGUUCCAGCGGAUUUGAAAGGAAAUUUUAGUUCUCAUUUCCCCUUGUGGGGUAUGUUGAAAUUUUGAGCAUUUUGUUCCACUUCACACUGAAGUUUUAAAAUCCUUAACGGAACAGAAACUUCCAUACUCAGCACAGCUCUUCUAAUUGCCUGUUUAAGCUGAUUAGAGUUAGCCCGCAAGCUUUUAUAUCCCCAGUUUUUAUGUUGACAGGUUAAUAACAUCUCUCGUAUCAGGAUCUCAAAGCACUUCUAAAUUACUCAUUAGCUCUGUGUCCAAAAGAGAGGCAAAGCCAGUGACCCCCUGUUACGGUACCCUCUGGGGGGUCCAGAUCUGAGGUGGUGGUUCCUCCCCCAGGCACAGAACAGCCCUAAACCUCUGGAAGCCGCAAGCGGAUGUUGAGACACCUCCCCGAUGAUAUUCCAGAGCCCAAGUCCUUUGACAUCACAUUUGGAAAUUGGUCCUAGGAAAGUUCUUUUCAGAUGGAAAUUGCAGUAGGAGUCAGUGCUGUUGUUUCAAAGGUUGAACAAUGACGGGGAAACUAAUUUAUUUUGGAUGUUAAAAACCAGUCCGGACUGGUAGGUGCAAUUCAUAACCUUUGAAAUGGAGGAUUAAUGAGGUGAAGUUCUGACAGAGAUCUGAGAAAUGUUUUUUAAACCUGAGCUGGCAUAAUUUCUGGCAGCUGAAUCAUUGGAAGUCCGAUUUGGUGUAACGUUUGUGUUCUUCCUGGCAGAACUGAUGGUGUCUGAGGCCUGAUCCUGCAUCAGAGGAGGAGACAUCCCGCAUCAGAGGAGGAGAGAUCCCCCCAGCCGUUUCUUCACCCAGCUGCUGGAUGCAAAGGGACCGGUGGGAGCCCUCGGCAGCUCCUCCUGCGAUAUCAGCCCCUUGCUGAAGGAUCCUGGAGCUUUCAGGACUUUGAUCGAUCUUCUGGAAGAGCAUUUGAGGGCGUCUUUCCCCCGAAUCGACUUUAUUGUAGGCCUGGACUCCCGUGGCUUCCUCAUAGGCCCCCCC